CCAAAAAAAAACAGUAUAAACAAUAAAAAAUUUACGAUUAAUUUUUUGUAUUGUUAUUGUAUUAAUUGUUGAUUAAUAAUUGUUAAUAAAAUUUUCUCUUAAUGCCUUAAUUGAGAGUGUAAGGAGUAUUUGUUUAUCAAAAACAUGGCAAAUCAUUAUGAGGUUCCAAAUUGGGCAGGAAAACCUCCAGUGGGAUUUCAUUUGGAUGUCCUCAAGGACGAUAAGCUCAUCCAGAAAUUAAUGGUUGAUGAAAAAAGAUGUUAUUUGUUUGGAAGAAAUCAACAAAUGAAUGAUUUUUGUAUUGAUCAUGCAUCAUGCUCAAGAGUUCAUGCUGCAUUGGUUUAUCACAAACAUCUUAAUCGAGCAUUUUUAGUUGAUCUUGGAAGUACACAUGGUACAUUUAUUGGUAACAUGAGACUAGAAGGUAAUAAACCAACUCAAUUACCAAUUGAUAGUACAUUUCAUUUUGGUGCAUCAACAAGAUAUUAUGUUAUUCGUGAAAGGCCACAAACUGGUACAAGAACAAUAAUGGAAGAAAUGGAAAAAUCAGAUGACAUUGAUGCUGGUGGUCUUCUUGGUUUACCUGAAACAGAAACUGAACUUGAUAAUUUAACUGAAUUUAAUACAGCACAUAAUCGUCGUAUAUCAAUGUUGGGAAUAACAGAUGAUGAUGUACAUAAAACAAAUCGUAAAAGAAAAAAAAGAGGUAUAACAUUUAAUGAAGAUGAAGAAGUUAUUAAUCCAGAAGAUGUUGAUCCAUCAGUUGGAAGAUUUCGUAAUUUAAUACAAACAACUGUUGUACCAAGCAAGCGUAUGAGAUUAGAGGGUGGAUUAAUAACAAUAACUGAAGAUCCACAUAUGCAUUUAAAACAUAUGCAACCAACAUCAACAGCUCAUCUUUAUCAUGAUAUACCACCAGAACAAUAUACACAAUCAACAAUGCAAAAUCCAUUUUCAACAGCAUUAACAUCAUUAACAUCACGUUUAGGUAUUGCAUUACCAAAUCCAGCACCAGAAGUUGAAAUGACACCAGCUGAAAUGCAAAUUGAAAUACCACAAAUACCAGAUAUACAAAUAACAAAUGAGCCACAUUCACUUGAACCAAAAAAGAAAAAAUAUGCUAAAGAAGCAUGGCCAGGAAAAAAACCACUUCCAACAUUAUUAGUUUAAAUAUAUUAAUAUCUAAAUAACAAUUGA